AUGAAUAAUUCACUAAUAAGUGGAUAUAUUAAUCCAUCAUCAGAAAAUGACUUACCAAUAAAAAUCGAAUUUUCAACUGAGUUUGAUGAAUGGAAUAAAAAUUUAUCAAGUAAUAAUCAAAAUUUGUGCGAUUCUUUAUGUAAACAUUUAAAUAUACCAAGUAAACAUUUUAAAAUUUUAAAAAUUGAACGUGGGAGUACAAUUGUUACAGGAAUUUUUCAGUCAUUCUGUGAUGAAAGCGUAAUUAGACAGUUAAAAGAAAACUCAAAUAUUGAUAGUUUGAAAGAUGUAAGGUUAAUAUUAUCAGGUGAAUUUGAUUUGGAUACUGGUGCAGCUAUUAUGAAUCCAAGAUGGAAUCGUAUUUAUUCAAUAAAAUCAAAUACGACAAGUGAAACUUAUUGGUCCGGGUCGUUAAAUCGUGGUGGAAAACCAUAUUUUUGUCCAAAAGGAUGGAAACGUUAUUCGAUUAAAAUACCAGAUAAAACACAAGAAGAAUUUGAUCGAGAAUAUGGUCAAUGGCAUGUAGCUUAUCAUGGGACAAAAAGUAUCAAUGCAAAAAAUAUAUUAUUAACUGGUUUGCUAGCGAGCACAAGUGGAGUUUAUAAUAAAGAAAGGGCAUGUGUGUAUUUAUCGCCAAGUAUUGAAUAUUGUGCACAUCCACUUUACGCUGAGCCAUGGAGUAAAGUAGAGAAUGAUCGAAAAACAUAUAUUCAAAUGAUAUUUCAAUGUCGGGUUAAACCGUCAGCUAUCGAAAUUCAUGGAGAAACAGUGUUGAAAAGCAAAAGCAUUAGAAUUGAUAAAAAUUUUAGAAAUGAGGUAAUAGAAUGGGUUAUACCAGUUACCGAUAGUCAAGAUAAGUGUAUUAAUAAUAUUAUUGUUUGUUAUGGUAUUAUGUUACGUAAAUGUAAUUUUGAUCCCGAUCAAUUGCCACAAUCACAAUGGUGGAAAUAUUCACAUGACGGUCUGAAACAAUGUUUAGAAAACUAUAAGCACGAAUGA